AUGAAGAUGACAGGAGCGGGGGUAAUCAAGGAGUUGCUGCCCAAGGACGGGUUCUGCGUGGUGGCCAUCACCGCCCGCGACAUCUACGAACACCCGCGAGACGACGGAGAGAUCGUACUGGGACGGGGCACGGGCGAUCGGGUCGGCCUUGUACCACCACGGCAAGCCGCAGGGAGGGGCGUCAAACAAAAGAAAGAAGAGGAGAUGUGCCACAUCUUUGGCAUCGACCAUUGCGUGUACUACACCUGCCUGAUGAAUGCCCACGCGUCACCCGAUGGCCAAGACCACGCCGAGGCACUGCAUCUGUGUCCGAUCGACCUACGUAAGCUCAGCCACUGCAUCGGGUUCGACGUUGGGGAGCGCUACCGGCAGCUGGCGACGUACUACGACAAGGAAAGGUGGAAGGAGGAGGCCGAGUGGAUGGAGCGACGAAUCAAGCACCUGCCCACUCCUCCGGCAACGAUCGCCACCACUUCUGAUACUGUGGCGCUUCCACCGUCCGCACCGAGUGCUCCACCGGCCCGAGGCCAGGAGGCCAAAGAAGAAGACGAAGAAGCGCGCGGCUGCGAUAUCGCAGACUCAACGUGCCGGGCUGGCCCGUGA